AUGAAAUAAAAACAGAACAUCUCAAAUUUUUUUUUUGGCCAUAUUAUGUUGGUUGGGCAUUAACAUAAAUAAUAGAAUGUCGAAACCUCUAAUUAUUAUGCGAUGGAAUUUUUAAAACUAUUAAAACAUUACGAAAUCCUAAAAGGGAAUCAAUUAAAAUAAUUUAAAUCCAUGUUGGAAAAUGAUACUUUUUAAAUUAAUAGAGAUUGUAAGAUAGCCAACUAAAAAAUGUAUUUUUGGUAAUAAAGACUUUAGAAUUUAUAAAAGUAGGAUGAUAAUAAAUUAUCGAGAGAAAUUAUAAAAUUGCAAUUAAAUUAAAAAAUUAUAUCUUCACUUGAUAUAUUGAAUAAUAAUUAAUAGGAAUUGGAGAUACUAAAUUUUAAAUCACAAUUGAAAAAAGAUAAAUAACUUCAAUAGCAAUAUUAGGAGCAGUAAGAAAAGCCAAUCCCAAAAAUGAAAGUCUGGAAUAUUCAAAAACCCACUAUGCAACCCUAAUUCUUUGAUCCACACUGUCAAAAUUGCUAAACCGAAGCAGAGUUCAGGCAAAAUCACGUUGCCGAAGUUUGGUAACCUAAUGCAGCCAGACUUCCGAAUAUGACAUUAGAAGAAUUUGCUGAUUCAGAGAUGAAAUUUGCCAAAGAUUAAGAAGUAAAAAUGAAAAAAGCACAAGAAGAACAACUAAAAUUAGAGUAGGAUAAGGAUGAUGAUAAAGAUUAUUGGGCAGAUUAGUAAACAUCAAAAGAUAGAAACUGGGAUGAUUGGAAAGAUGACAAUGAAAAGGAGCUGGUAAUAAAAUGGGUAGAUGAUAUAUAAUACAUCAUUAUUUUGAUUUUAUGA